AUGGGGAGUGCACUUUGUUUUAUUUUGGGUUUGUUAUGCUUUUUGAGUCCUUUAACAGUUGCAGACUGGAACAUACUACGUCAGAAGACACAUAAUGGAUUGAAGAUCAGCUUGAAGAACUACUGUGAAAGUUGGAGAAUGAAUGUUGAGCUGCAUAAUAUUAGAGACUUCGAAGUUGUGCCUGAAGAAUGCAUUGACUACAUUGGAAAAUAUGUCAGGUCAACUCAAUACAAAGUGGACUCAGAAAGGGCAACUGAAGAAUGCUUGGUUUAUCUUAGCACCAGCUGCAAUCUGAAGAAAGAUGGCAAAGAUGCUUGGAUUUUUGACAUUGAUGAUACUCUAGUUUCUACAAUUCCUUUCUACAAGAAUAAUCUAUACGGGGGAAAGAAAAUUAAUGUGACAGCUUUGGAGGAAUGGAUGAGCAAGGGUAAUGCCCCUGCUCUUGACUAUUCAUUGAGGCUCUUCAGUGACCUUAAAUCAAGAGGAAUUCAGAUCAUUUUGAUUUCUGCAAGGAGGGAGAAUCUAAGAUCAGCCACAAUUGACAACCUUGUCAGGGUUGGUUAUUAUGGGUGGACUAGUCUCGUCUUGAGGGAUCCUGCUAAUGAAUUGGCAUCAGUGGAAAAUUUUAAGUCUGAAGUGAGAAAACAAUUCAUUAGCAAUGGUUAUCGCAUUUGGGGAAUUUUAGGUGACCAAUAUAGCAGCAUUGAGGGAGGCCCAAGCGGCAUAAGAGCAUUUAAACUCCCAAAUCCAAUGUACUAUGUUGCCUAA